AAAAAACAGUCCGACAAAAGUGAUAGCACGUGCCAUCGGGUGUUGUGGUGUUCGAGUGAUGAUUAUUUAAACGAAGAAUGCCAGGUCUCCAGAAAAAUCAGGUAUCGCCACCCGCAGAUGACUCAGUUUUGGCCAGCGAUAUUUUGCAGAGGCAUUCGAUUAAUUCGCUUCUGGACCAGCACGACAUAUUGUUGCAAACACACAGUGAAACGAUGUCUAUAAGUGACUUAUUUGGCUUGAAUUCGCCGAGGGGUUUGUUGGAUUUUGCGAAUUCUGCGACAUAUGGGCUCGCCACGCCACCUGUCAAUUCUACAAAUCUGCAGCUGAAUUUUGACGAAUCGAAGUUUCCGACGUCACCUAUGACCUACUCACCCAUCAGCAUGCCCAAGUACCCGCUGAAUUUACCAUUGGGCAGUUCUUCGUUCCAGUCGCUGGCGAGCUCCUCACCGUGUAGCGAUUUCUGCGGCAGCAACAGCCCCAGUAUCCUCGAGCGUUCGCUCUUCAGCAGCAGCGGCUCUCGCUCGAACUCGCCGGAAUCAGACGCCAGCAGUUGUUCAAACGUCGAUGGAAACCUCUCCGUCAUAUUGCAGAACUCUUUGUCUCUGAACGACACCCUGGCCCGGAAUUUUCUCAGAGACGAGGUAGAUUUGUCGAGCCUUCACAGCUUACAAGCAAUCCAGGCCCUCAAGUGCUUGCAGCACCCUUCAGGAGUCCUGGGCUCGCUUUUGCCCUCGUCUUGCACACGCGGAAGUUCGCACGUUCUUGACAAGUGGAAUUCUGGGGCUUCUUUGGUUAACGUUGCCGACGGGUUGCAGUUGGACAGAGCGGCUCGUUUUCACCGGUCCGCGGCAUCGGUUUGUGAAGCGACUUGGACCUGGAGCGGUGUCCUACCCCCACGCACCACGAAACCUUCUGGUUAUUCCAGUAAAGUAUUUCUGGGCGGCGUACCCUGGGACAUUUCCGAGCAAGCUCUGAUACAAGCGUUCAAGCAAUUUGGACUCAUACGCGUGGAAUGGCCGGGGAAAGAAAAGCAAGUUUCGCAACCAAAAGGAUACGUUUAUAUCAUUUUCGAGUCUGAAAAAAACGUUAAGGCUUUAUUGCAAGCUUGUACUAACGACUACGCCAAUUCCGGAAACUGGUACUACAAGAUCAGCUCGAAGCGCAUGAAAGCCAAAGAGGUGCAAGUCAUCCCGUGGAUUCUCAACGAUUCCAACUGCACGAAAUCGACUACGCAGAAGCUGGAUCCGAACAAGACGGUGUUCGUGGGGGCGCUCCACGGGAUGCUGAACGCUGAAGGGCUGGCGAAAAUCAUGAACGAUCUGUUUGACGGUGUCGUUUAUACGGGGAUCGACACGGAUAAGUACAAGUAUCCGAUUGGAUCCGGCAGAGUUACUUUCAAUAAUCCGAGGUCGUACAUGAAGGCCGUAGCUGCCGCUUUUAUAGAGAUCAAAACGUCGAAAUUCAGCAAAAAGGUGCAAGUGGACCCGUAUCUGGAGGACUCGCUGUGCUCGGUAUGCAACGUCCAGCAAGGCCCCUAUUUCUGUCGUGAUAUCGUGUGUUUCCGUUACUUUUGCCGUAACUGCUGGCAGUGGCAGCACGAUAACGGUACCCGCCACCACAAGCCGCUGAUGAGGAAUUCGAAAAACUACCCGACGGUGGGAAACCACCCCACUUCGAAUCAAUAAAUAAACGAAACGACUUCGCCGUUCAAUCUUACUUAGGUGUAGCCCAUGUAGUAAAAAUGCUCAUCAUGUGUUUAGUCAUAUUAUCGAACUAUUCUUAGAUGUAGGAUAUGUUACAUUGCUGUUGUUUUUAGUAUAGGUUGUUUAAAAUUUGCCAAGAUGUAUAUUGGUGGCCUUGAAGAGUUUGCGAACUCUUGCGAAAUCUUGCGAUUUUUAUGUACUAUAAUUCUGGGGGGUUGUAUCCUGUACGUUUUCCUUUAAUUUUUGAUAAUAGCGAAAUGUGUAUUGUGCAGAUAACCCGUUUUAAUAAUGAUGGUUAGGUAUUUGGAGGUGGGUUUUUAACACUCACUAAACAGUUUUCGAAGUAGCUGUAAUUGUGAUUUUAUGAUAGAUCCAAAGUCUUUAUUCAUUGUCCUAAACUAAUAGUUUUAAGAGUUUGAUGAAUACUUUUUAAAUCAUAAUUUUGUUAAUUUAACUCUAAAUUUAGAUGGGUAGUUGGGUAGCAUUUAAUGAUUCUACAGUACACCUAUGUGUAUAAUGAGUGCAGUAUUUUCUGUAAAGUAGGACUGAUCGAUUAAGAUAACCGCGACGUUUUUGGAUACGAUUUUUUGGCUACCAGUUUUUUCUGUAUUAUGGAUAAAUGUCAUUAUUAUUAAACAUCAUAUGCAUAAUUUCGCUUCUCUUGUUCACCUUAACUAGAAACAUCAAAAAUAUGCAGUCUCCUACAUUUCUCAGAAUAUCUUUUACGUUGUUUUGUUUUUUGUUUUAGUACUGUUUGUUUUGUUGAUUGUUUGUGAUUGUAGCGUAAGUUCCUUUUAACAUAGUCGCAUCACAAAAUUGGUGAACGAUUUUACCAAUUUUUUUGAGUUUUAGCAUGGACUAAUGUCGUGUUGCAUGGCAGAGACUGACCAAAUUUUCUAAGCUUUUAACUCGACCAAAAAUUUUAGUACUUUUAUCGUUGUUUUAAUGAAAUUGUUCGUUUUAAACCAUAACUCUAAUUGUAGAAUUUUUUUAUUUGGUAUUUUAACAUUCAAAUUCUCAGGUGUUGCACAACAGAGCAUAGAUACGUGAUAUAGUGAAAACCCACGUUUCUAUUAUAAAGUUGCAGAUGCCAUACUCCUCACUCGGAACACAGUAUCAGAUCUAUCCCGUGUUGUGCAUGUUGUUUUAAAUUGAAUUCGUGCGUUUUAAUGCAUGCGUGGUGGAAUUGGACAACUAUUUUAAAUUUUUUAUCUUUCUUUUCUCGUUUGUUCCUGUAUUCAAAAAAUGUAUUUUAUGUGUUUUAAACUAAUAAAUCACGUUGGGUUUAA